AUGCUGUGUAACCAGGAAGCCUCAGGGCCGGGCCGAAGGUGGCGCGGGGCAGUCCGGGGCCUCCCGGCGCGGGCCACGGCGCCCUGCCUCCACCCCGUCCCGUGCCCCCUCAAGCCGGAGAACCCUCACUCACCUGGCCAAGGGGCAGUGGGGAGCCGCGAGGGGAGAAGUGGGACGCGGGCGGGCAGCAGCAGCGCUCUCUCCGGGCGUCCCAGGCGCGGCACCUCCCACCGGACUCGAGUUUUGUCCCACUCCCACACUCGGAGCACUCGGGGAACUGGCGACCCGCAGGCUCCUCAGCCGUCAGGGAGGAGCCGGAGGCGGAGCCCACGAGGCGGAAAACCCCGGGCCCCGAGGCCCAACGUGCCCCGGGGCGGGGCCGCGUGCGCCAAGGAGGGGCGGGGGCCGGGGUGGGCGGGGCCUGGGCGUGGUGAGCACGCGGUCCCGCCCCCAGGUGAGAGUCGUUCUGGACCAGCACACUACGGAAUGCCUCUACCAGUCUGGGAAGGAAGCCACAGGCCUUCCGCCACGAGAGGUUACGGCAGGCUCCCGGAGGUCGGCGAAGAACCGGUUCACUGCACCGCCUUCCUGGACCUGUCCUGGCCGGCGCCGCACUCCGGGGGAGGGGAUUUCCCCAAGCCCCCGCCAGCUCAGUGUCCCUUCUUUAUUGACUCUGUACAUUAA